UACUUCACCGCUCUUUCUCCUCCUUCGCUUCUCUGUAAAGUAUCAACGCUAAUUCAGGAAGCUAAACAUGGAGAAGAAACUCACGGAGUCUACUGUAACAGAUCUGGAAUAUGUAACGGCGCUAAACCUAAACUCGCCGCCGCCUCCGUUAUCACCGAUCUCUGAGAGAAGCGUCAACAGUAAACACCAAGAAGAGUUCGCCGCAAGCUUCGCGUCGUUGUAUAACUCGAUUUUCUCGCCGGAUUCUCAGUUACCGAUCUCGUUAUCGCUAUCUCCAUCUCCUCCGUCUUCGUCUUCUCCACCGGCUCGUGUAGAUACAACUACAGAGCAUCGUCUUCGUCAAGCGAGACUCAUCCUCGAGUACGAUGAACUCAACGAGCAUUACGAGCUUUGCCUUAAACGUCUCCAAUCUCUGAUGACGGAACUCGAUUCUCUUCGUCACGAGAACGAUUCUCUCCGAUUUGAAAACUCAGAUCUACUCAAGCUUAUUCAUCUCUCGACUUCGUCUCCUUCCUCCUCCUCCGUCUCUCCGCCGCCGAUUCAUAACCGUCAGUUCCGUCACCAGAUCUCCGAUUUCGGUCCGAUUCAAAAGCAUUCUCGUUCCGCUAAGAGAAACUCGUUGCCUAAGAGCAUCUCCGUCAGAUCUCCGGACUAUCUCAAGGUUAACCACGGACGAAGCCAUGGAUUUGGAGUUUCUGAUCGUCAAACGAGUCAACUCAGCAACACCGACUCGGUCUCAUCUCAAAAGCUGUGCGUAUCAACGAAAGAGAGAGAAGCUUUAGAGGUUGAUGUAUAUCGCCAAGGGAUGACGAAGACGGAGCUUUGUAACAAAUGGCAAGAGACUGGAGCUUGUCCUUACGGCGAUAACUGCCAAUUCGCUCACGGAAUCGACGAGCUCCGUCCUGUGAUUAGGCAUCCACGAUACAAAACUGAGGUCUGUAGAAUGAUUGUUACCGGAGCUGCUUGUCCGUACGGUCACCGUUGCCAUUUCCGUCACUCGCUUACUGAUCAAGAGAGGAUGAUGAUGCUCACUCACUGAUCUAUGAGAGGAAGAAGAAGAAGAGUAAUAAUUAGUGGUCUGUGUACAGAUUUGGUAUAAAUAUGGUAACUUUUUCUGGGUAAGAAACAUAUUUGCGUAGGAAUAAGGAAGAGGAAGAUGUUAAAUAACAAAUGUUGAUGAGAUUAUAGGAAAAAUUUAUAAUUAGGGUAUGAAAGGAGAAUUGAAGAAAUGUGUGAUUCUCUUUUCGAGUUUGGGAUAUGUUGUUUGUAUUGCUCUCGAGGAUUAAGCAGGAGAGAGGACAUGAGAAGGAUUAUAGAUUCAACAAAGAUAUUGAAUUUGUAUUGAUGAAAGCUUGUUUUACCUUGAGUAUAAACUAUGCUACUUUCUUUCAGUUACUCGUUCAUUGUUUCUGUGUUCUGUUUGAUUUGUUUUGGGAGUUUAGAUUUCUUGACAUUGUAUAGUGCUAGAGUACAGAUCAUAAACUGAUGUGAAUUGGUUUUAGUUUUGUUCUUUCUAAAAUUGGAUUGACUUGGUUUAUUGAGUUCCUGCAGUACGCUGAGAAACAUAGUCUAAAUCAUAGAAUGUCUUAUAUGUGUUUUGCUGGUCUUACCAUUUGGAGAAGAAUGCAGUGAUUGUGUUAGAUGAUAUUCUAUGCAAGAGGAUAACGGUUCCCCUGCAGAAAAGUAUAUCUUGCCGUAUGCUGGAAAUUUGGUCUAAGUCAUAUGAUGUGUGUGUUAGUUGAUCUAAAACUACUUCUUUUGCUAUAAUGGUUCCUACUUAUAAGGUUGAUGAAGUUUUUAUAAUGUCAUCAGGAUACUUACUAGCUGGAAAAUACAUUGUGAAUCUGCAAGAGUAAGACGAUCAGGUUGGGUUAGAUUUGCCUUUCGUAUGGAGAAUGCUAUGUCUAUUUGUUGAAUUUGGUGACUUCAGUGGUACUAAUUGGUAACUUUACCAGGAUAUGGUAUAUUUUUUUUUACUAUAUUAGAUUGUUUUCGAUAUCAGUAUGCUAGUUUGAUAGGCUAAAUUAAAUAUUGUGCCUUAAAAAAUCUAGCUUAUUGAAGGUGAAUUACAUGCAAUUUGACCCUUUUUUUUGUUUAAGAAAGAGUGUUGCCUUAGAGUAGGAUCACGUUUUACCACUGCCUCAAGUUAAAUCAGUCUUUGGUUUAGUAUUGACUCCCCCUGUAGGUUCGAACAAACGGUAAUACAAAGAAAAGAAGAACCUUGUGUUCAUUUUGCUGCUCUAGCUCUAGUUAAUGAUGCAAACAACUAUGUUUAGCCUAAAUGCAUUGACGUUAUGCCCUUUUCCAAUCUGGUUUUCUGAACUUACCAUGUUUAUUUGGACUGUGCCUAGGAUCUUAUUAUUUGUUGAAGUUUGGAGCUACAAUAAUGAUGAAUCAUCUGCUUAGCUGUUUGUAAUCCUAUAUUAAUACAUUUGGAAGAUCUUACUAGACGUUGGCGCUGCACCCUCCAAUAUGCAGAGUUUAAACAUCUAUUUCCUUUUAUAGUAUACACUUUUAGUUAUGAUUUUACUGUCUGAAAUGUGCGACUCUCAUGAGUUAUAGCUUUGUUUUAAACUUAGCAUGAGUUUACUUUUGUAGUGAGUCUUACCCGUGGCUUUGUGGGCUUGUUUGGCGGUUGGACUAGCCCUGACAAGUGAAGCGGUACCUUAUUGUCCAACUUUCAAGGGAGGUAAGUGGAUCAUUAAGUCCUUCUUCUCUUCUAUACUUGGUUCUUGAAGUAUAAUCAUUCUCACAUCUUUAAGUUCUUGGUGAGAUGAUAUCUUGUCUCAGAAACAGGAUCCCUUUUUGUGUCACCAAAUGAACGAGAUAACAAAUUUACCUAGUGGCUAAUAUUGAAGUUGUUUAGACCAUGACAUAGGAAAUAAGAACUAGUAGAGUACCUGGUUUCCUUAGUAUUUCCUACUUGUUGAUAAGUGAAUUCUAUGAUAUUGUUUUGGUGAAUCACAGGAUUCAGAGUCGAGUUCAUUUGUCUGGGGGACUAGGAUAAAAGAUAAUUUUUGAAAUCAGACCUCGAAGCUACGAAUUGUUUCCCUCAUAUUUCCACAUUUCUGUGAUUUUCUGUUAGGGUCUUUUGAGUUCUGAAAUCAAAAUCAUUUCUGAUUAAACUGCACCGUGAUAUUGAUUAUGCAUCGAAAAUGGUGAAGUUGUUGGUUUUGUAAGUGGUUGUUGUUAGUGUUUUAGAUGAGCAGAUCACAUGUUCGCGACAAUAUCAAAGAAGUAAAGAGCAGGUACUGCAUUAAUAAGAUUUCUAGAUGGAUUAUAUUUGUUUCAAUCACUCCUCAUCUGUUUUGUAAAAAGCUUGUGAGUUCUUCCGGAGUAUUCAUGCACAGACCAAGUCUUGCAUCCAUCUAUGAAGGAUUCACAAGCUUUUGCAAACACAACAUGAGGCUUUUUAAUUUUGAAAACUUGCGAGUAUAUCAUAAUGACAUGGUACCUCUGCGAAUUCA